AUGCCCAGGAGGGCUUCUGUGCAGAAGUCGACCGCGAAACUGUUCUCCAUAUGUGAGAGCAGCUUGAAGGAGUGCGACGGGGAAGGGGAAUGGGACGAGAAGCAUCUGGGAGGAGAGGAGAUGAUGCGAGGAGCAGAAGGAACUGAGAGGAUGCCCGCCAGUCAGCCAGUGGCAACGCUACGUGCAAUAUUUCACCACAUGCUUUCCCAGCCUGAUAGUAUUCUGCUGAUAGUACAGAGUCAACCUCCGCACCACUGCUGCAGCACGACUCAGCUGAGAACCUGUGGUCUUUACACUGGUCACUGUGGUCUGCAUGAAAAUCGUGUACAACUGAAGGUAUGGCUCAUUCACCUCGGGCAAAGGAGUGCAUGUCCCAAUUUUACCACGGCUACAAAUCUACAAAUGGUUGACAGCUUCAAGUACCUUGGCGUUAAUAUUACCAGUGGUCUGUCUUGGACCAACCUCAUUGAUGCGACAGCCGAGAAGGCACACCGACACCUCAACUUCCUUAGGAGACGGAAGAAAUUCAGCAUGUCUCCUAUUACUCUCACCAACUUCUAUAGAAGCUCCAGAGAGAGCACACUGCUGGGUUGCUUCACAGCUUCGUUUGGGAACAGCUUCGCCCAAGACUACAAGAAAUUGCAGGGAGUUGUAGAAGAAGCCCAGUCCGUCACUCAGCGCACAAGGAACCCCGCACUGUGGCGAGGUGCCAGUCAAUUCUUUCAAACGACUAUUGAUCAUUUAAACCUCACGUCUAAUGCUCGCUCUGGUUUCUUUCUUGUUUCACAGAGACGGAAUUGCAGCUUUCCCGAGUCAGACCCGAGCAGCGCAGGGCAGGUUUUGGAAGAGUUUGGGAAUUUGGGUGAGCGGGGGGAGGUGGGCGAGGGUCCCAGUCCUUCAGUGUCCUCGCCCUGUGUAGCGGCGACGGGGCGGUGGGAGAGGGGAACAGGGGGUCCCGAAGGCAGCCAGAGAGAGCGGCCACACGGCGUCGCUUCAAGGGAGCCCAGCAAGUUAGACUCCAGUAAGUUACACGCCCAGGUCCCAGCUACAAGACCACUGUCACAACCAGUAAAAGGCAUCGUGCUCCCAAGUUACAGCUUUCCUAAUCCAAACCAAACUAGUCCCCCGGUAUCUGCAGCGUGUCAGAACCUCGCAGCCUGGGUCGAAGAGAUUUUAAAUACCUACCUGGACACAGUUGAAGAUACAGGUGACAGACUCUACAAGACCCCCGGGUCUGUAGGAUCACCACUCAGUACUUGUGGGCAAGUUUUAGGGGGCGAUUGUGGAUCCACCGGGAUUUUGUUAAGUCACCCCUCGGGUAAAACACCUCCUCCCCAAGUGACAAGGACUAGGUUGGACAUCAUUAUCGCACUGGCCACGGAAGGGGGGCAUGCGGCUGGCUUGGUUUCGGCAGACACGGGUGACGGAGAGAGACGAGGAGGAGCGGGCGAGGCGCAGAUAGAGAUGGCAGAGAGUGGCAGCUUGAACACGGGCAAACCUGCGGAGCCAGUUGCGUCUCCCAGCGCUGAGGAAUGUCGGAGGUAUGUGGCGAAUUUCGAGGAGCCGCCCCUCGCUGGUUUCAAUCAGCUGCAAGCCCCGGGAAGUGACCAGCCCUCGCCGACGCCGCCACCUGUCCGCGGACACAUCUCACCACGUCUCAGCCCCCGGGACCCGGGAUUUAGCCGCUUCCUACCGCAGACGCCCGCUGUCCGGGCUAACAGUAAACCAGAUCUACAGAAGCCGGCCAGCCUGCCUGAGCCCCUACAGCAAGUAGGGGGGUUAAUAGUCAGCUGCAACAAAGUGGAAAGUGAUACCAAGACAAUGAGCACCAACAAUGAAGUAGGUCCUCAAACAGACCAGCACCUAUCCUCUCACGCGCCUUCUCCGACCUCAGGCUUUCCACAUGCUGAAAACAGCACACUGCACCAAAAUGGUGAUGGCGUGGGUGAAAGUGCACGGCAGACAAGUAGCUCCCUGCAGCCAAGCAAAGAAGAUCUGAACAAUAAAAUGAAUAAAGUAUUAAUUAAGGAUGAAAUUAUUGUCAAUGGAAGUGACCCGGCUGAAACGAAGGAAAAUGACCAUCAGAAGGUUGUCCCUUUGUUGUACAGUCCAACAUUGAGUGAUGAUGUGGGGAACCAGAGCAAAGUGGAUUCACUCACCUGUAUCGGGACAAUUGGAUGUGAUCUUACUCAGGAGUCUAUCGAAGAUCCUCAAUGUGAUGAAGCCGAUGCUUUGCAGAAUGCAAAUUCUACUGGACAUACUCAGCAGAUGGAUACUUUGUAUCCACAGAGCCCUGAGCAGAAUGGUCUUUUUGCUGAAGCGGUUACCCCUCCAAGCUAUGAGCACCGUGCAUCUGGAACAUUAAACUUGGAUUCUGUACCACAAUUGGUUGAAAGCUCCCUCUUCAAUCCCCAACAAGAGUCACAACAAAGUGCUCUAAAUUUCCCCACGGACUCCGUGAACGUGCGUGACACUGAAAUGCCAGCACACAAUUCACAAAGUGUGCUUUUGCAAAAGCCUAUGGAGAUCGCAAAAGACAUCAAGUUUGAAAGCUCCUCAGUGGUCAAUGCAGAAUCUCAAGCACAAACACUCAAAUUAGAUGAGAAUAUUGGAGAAGGAAAUAGUGGCCAAGAGCUUCAUCCAUCUGGAAUCCAGCUUAUAGAUAAUCAACUAUCAUUGAAUGAUGUCAUCUUUCAAAAUAGAAUGAAGAAAAGGCUCACAAAUGCCAUAGAUGACCCUGAUAAUCAGUCAGAAAUAGACGGGUUUGUAGACACCAUUCGUAGCCUGGAUGUUCCCAUUCUCUUGAAUCGCAAUAGAAAUUCAAGAGUCCAGAGAUCUCAUUCCCUCAAUUCUCCCAUAUCCACAUUGCCUCCGAUUGAAGAGGAUCAAACUGAUUCAAAGUUUUUUCCGUCAUCACCAAUCACUGAGGGGCCACAGCAGCCAGCAGAGCCUGUGGCCAUUGAUGAAAUACUUCAGGCCAACUCACCCAUUAAGCCAGUUUUGGAAAUUCCUAAAGUGGAUUUCACAAAGAGAUUGAUGAAGAAAGAAAAUCUCACCCCUGGGCAAAUGAUGCUGCAGUUUAAGGAGAAGCCCAAAAUUGUUGUACCUCGUAUUUCUGCAGAGAGCAGCGUAGUCUUCCAAACCUCUCUUUCAGGGAGAAUCAAAGUAGAUGGUACUGCUAAUAAGGAAGACACUGAGGCCCUUAAUGGAGACAGCCUUCGCUCUCGAAUUAGCAAGAGCGUUUUGUUUUCCACAUAUCGGACGCCUCUAGAAUCUUUUUCCAGCAGGUCACUGGACUUCAGCCUGGGAUCAGUGACUAAAAGUCAAGUCAGUGAACCGCCAACAACGAUACAAAACUCUGUGCAGAGAAGUUGGUCACAAGACGAUAUUCCCACAACAACUAUAGCCUUGGAUAAAUUAUCAACACCCAAUUUCCUUGCCAACUCUUCCAAUGGAAGCAUGGAUGCUGGAACGGACAGCCUUCCAUUCAGCAUCUCUGAAAGAUUGCUACCUGGGUACUCUCGCCUGUCAGAUAGUGGAAGGGACCUUCGAACGCAAAAAAUGUCUCAACCUUCGGAAAAAAAACCUGGGAAAUUGACCGCUUUUCCAGAUUCAUGGAAAUCAAAACCAAAAGAACAUGAGCAUAUUAACCCACGGCCAGGCAAGAUCGUCAUUUACGACAAGCAAAACUUUACCGGUGUCAGGAGAGAAAUCAGCUGUGACGUCGCUGAUUGUUCGACUUGGCCGUUUCCAGCCGGCAUCUCGAUAAAGAUUAUUCGUGGAUGCUGGGUGUUAUACGAGGAGCCGGACUAUAAAGGCAAGAAGAUCUUCCUUGCGGAGGAAGACAUAGAAUUGACGGACCCCUGGGCAGAUCAAAUGGAAGAGGAGAUGGUGGAAAAAGAGACUGAAGAGCAGGAGUCCAAGCCACCACCGACCAAACCCAUCGUCAUCGGCUCCCUCAGGAGAGCGGUCAGGGACUACUCAACACCACAAAUAUCGCUGUUCUCGGAGGAUGACGGAGAUGGGAAAAAGUUGACGUUUUAUGGUGAAUCUGAGGAUAUUCGAAUAUUUGGCUACCCACCAAAAAUCACCUCCAUCACCGUGAAUUCUGGACUGUGGUUGGUUUACUCCGAGCCUUUCUUUGAAGGGAAGCAGCAUGCCUUGGAAGUGGGUGGUUACCGCACACUACAGGAAUGGGGAGCAGAGAAAGCACAAGUGGGGUCGCUGAUAUCCCUACAAAUGGGUGGACCCAGAGUGGAGAAUCCGUUUGAAACAAAGCUCAUCAUCUUUGAGCGAGCUUACUUCGGGGGGAAAAGCAGGGAAGUGCAUGGAGAUUCCACAGACUUCCUGUCCCGAUACCCCAACAACGGUGCGCCCCUCUCGAAUGCAGGAUCGAUAAAGGUGUAUGGAGGAAUUUGGGUUGGCUACUCGAAGGAAGGAUUCAGAGGUCACCAGUAUCUCAUGGAGGAGGGCGAGUACUUGGACUGGAGGUCAUGGGGUGGCCAUGACGAGGAUCUCAAGUCACUGCAUGUAAUUCGGGCGGACUUUUCCAACCCGAUGAUCAUUCUGCACCCAGGAAGCAAUUGCGACGGAGAAGAUUCAAUUGAAGCUAUUGCUUCCGUCCCCGAUCUGGAUCAAGAUGAUUCUGGGGAAAUAAUACAAUCCAUUAAUGUACUGAGUGGAGCCUGGGUGGCCUAUGAGGGUGUCAACUAUUCUGGAGCUCAGUACAUAGUGGAGAAAGGACUUUACCGCAAUCUUCAAGAAUGGGGUGCUCAAAACUGUAAGAUCACCUCUCUGCAUCCCAUCCUAUUGGUGGGGGCAAAUGACCAGCACUUCAGCCUAAAGAUCCAGAUCUUCUCGGAGAACAACUUCACUGGACGAUCCUUGGAUAUUGAAGAAAAGAAGAUGGGGAUCCCAAAAGAGUUUAAGCUUCAAUCCUGUAGGGUCCUAAGUGGCAGCUGGGCUCUGUAUGAAGGCCAGGACUACGAUGGAAGAGUCUUUGUGGUUAGUGAAGGAGAGUAUCCAGACCUCCCAUCGAUGGGCAGCAGAAUGACCACCCACAUCCGCUGUGUCAAGGCCAUUCCACAUGUCUUCUCCCAGUCCUUAAUCACUCUGCACGGUUUGGAGAACUUUGAAGGAAAGGAGAUUGAAGUGGACUCGGAAGUGAAGGAUCUUGUCUCCGAUGGUUACAACAAUAUGGUUCUGUCUCUCCAUGUCAUUGGUGGAGUCUGGGUUAUUUAUGAAUACAGCAACUUCCGAGGUCGCCAGGUGCUCCUGGAACCCAUUGAGAUUUCGAACUGGCCAAAGUACAGCAGCUUCACUCGGAUCGGAUCCAUAAUGCCAAUUGCACAGAAACGAGCGUUUUUUAACGUUAAGAACAAAGAGAGCGGCGAUCUGCUGUCGGUACUUCCAAGUGAGGACGACGUGAAGUCUGGGCGUGUCAUCGUUGCUCCUGAGAAUAAGGAACUGGAGCAGCUCUGGUUCUAUGAGAAGGGACUAUUGAAGCCCAAGUUUGCUCCAGAUGUGAGCCUUCAGACAAUCGGCACUCUGACCGACACUGGCAGCAAGGUGGUACUCUGGACAGAGACACGAAUACCUACGCAUUGCUGGACGUUUGAAUUCAGCGGCACUGUCCGCAGCCUCCUGUAUGAAGGAUUUGUGCUCGACAUCAAAGGUGGGAAAUCUUACGAUCGUGACGCUGCGAUGAUUUGCAGAUACGAAGAGCAGAAUCCAAUUCAGCAGUGGGAGAUCCAGAUGUUGUAACAACACAUAAAGCCUUAAGAUCAAAGUACUAGGCUUCUGACUGGAACUAUCUCUCUUUGGCCAUCCUCUCUGCUGCUCUCUCUCUCCCUCCCCAAAGUUGUGUGGUGCCUCGCAGAAGGGAUGGGCAGGAGUUGAUGGGGGACUUGGGGAUCGGAAGAGGAUGAAGUCCAUUUGCCCACAGUUGCCUUCCAUUGGAAAAUAACAGCAACCAGAAAAGAUCUGCACCUGGGAGAUAUUUUAUUCCCACCGUCUAUCCUUGCAGCUUCCAUUGACGUCUCCCUUUCUCAUUCUGCUGUUUAAAGGGAAGAAUCAACACAUUUUUAAAAGAAAUCAUUUUGAAAGAAAUCACUUAGUCGCCGUGUCCUUUUGAUUAUUGAUACAUGGGUAACUGGGCAAGUUCCGCUCAACCUAUUGCCUUGAAGUCACGCAGUGUCUGGUAGAUUGGGUAGGAAUUGAGCCUCAUGUAGACUGUGGGAAGGGUGACAGGUCCCUUUUCUAAAGGGGAUUAUGGAGCCAAAUGGGUUAUGUGAACAUUUGCUGGAGCAUAAAUUAUCACAUUCAAUAAAUUCCACUUCACAAUAAGAUGGUACCAUUGAAUAAUUAGCCCAGUACCAUGGCCUCUGUCUCUGUUUUGUGUGCUGGGACAUAGCCCUGUUGCAUGAACGGAUGGUAUCUCUGGCACAUUGUACAUUGGUGAUGUGACUUCUUAAUAGAAUAUUUAAAAUAACUUUAGACUUUAGAGUUACAGCGUGGAAACAGGCCCUUUGGCCCACCAAGUCCGUGCCGACCAGCGAUCACCCUGUACGCUUGGCGCUAUCCUACAUCCUAGGGAACAUUUACAAUUUUACCAAGCCAAUUGACCUACAAACCUGUACGUCUUUGGAGUGUGGGAGUAAGCCAGAGCACCCAGAGAAAACCCACAUGGUCACAAGGAGAACGUACAAACUCUGUACAAACUGAAUAACCUUUUGUUGUUCAGAUGUUUAUAUCUGCACAGCGCAACUAGAAGGGGGGGUUGUUAUGCUCAAACUGUGUUCAAAUAUUAGUAUCCCACGAGGGUAAUCUCAGAGCCCAAGAUAUCCUCUCUACAAACAACGGACAUCGGAAUAGGUCAAGUGGAGAUCCCACUCUGUAGUAGGGUGUGGGUAUUUAUUCCAUUUCAAGUGGGACUAUAAUUGAUGACAGCUCCUGGAACUGUGCCCAGUGUGAGUGAAAAUUUGUGCUGUGCCCCUCUGAGACUCGGUGCCCAUGAAAUGUAGUCAGUCAGAAAUUAGUGAAUGUGGAAGAUUUGCUGAAUCACGUCUGAUGCUCUUAACAUUAGACCCCUGCCUCAGGCCAGCUGACUUAAUAUAGUUCUGAAUUUAUUUAAGCAAUUCCAAUUUAUAUACGAUUCGUGAUGCUCAAAUAUAUAUGACAAAACAGUGCCUUUUCUGCCUGUUUUAUACAAUGGGGACAAAAAGGAUAUUAACUUUUAUAGAAUUUUGUAGAUGGCAAUACAUUUUAUAAGCAAAUAAACAAUAAUACUUUGUAAAAAUGGAAGAUGCAGUAAAUUUAGUGUCCAACAUAAAAUAUAUUUUUUAAUUUAGUUGUCUGUUUAAUGUAAUUCUAUAAUAAAAUGUGAUAAUGUUCAA